AUGGCCCGUACAAAGCAAACUGCUCGCAAGUCCACUGGUGGUAAAGCUCCCAGAAAACAACUCGCUACUAAGGCUGCUCGCAAAUCAGCUCCCACUACCGGUGGUGUGAAGAAGCCUCACCGUUAUAAGCCUGGUACCGUCGCCCUCCGUGAAAUCCGUAGAUAUCAGAAAUCGACCGAAUUGUUGAUUCGCAAGCUUCCUUUCCAACGUUUGGUUCGUGAAAUCGCUCAAGACUUCAAGACCGAUUUGCGUUUCCAAUCCUCUGCCAUUGGUGCCUUGCAAGAAGCUGCCGAAGCUUAUUUGGUCUCUUUGUUCGAAGACACCAACCUUGCUGCUAUCCACGCCAAGCGUGUCACCAUUCAACCCAAGGAUAUUCAACUCGCUCGUCGUCUUCGUGGUGAACGCUCGUAA